AUGGCGACUUGUGGCAUCAAAUUGUUAUUAGUGCUAGUGAUAAUUAGCGUGUGUUCAGUGUAUAGUAAUCCAAAUAUAUAUGGUGUAGGUUUACCUCUAUCUUACGUGUACUAUACGAAAAGUGACUGGGGUGGGGUACAGUCGACCGACGUUCGGCCUUUGAAGACCCCGGUACCGUACGUGGUGAUUCAUCACACUUAUAUACCGGGUGCCUGCAGCACCCCUGUAGAAUGUAAAGCAGAUAUGAGAUCAAUGCAGAACUAUCACAUCAGUAUGGGAUGGGGAGAUAUUGGAUACAAUUUCUGCAUUGGCAGCGACGGCGGCGUUUACGAAGGCCGAGGUUGGGAUAACAUCGGAAUACAUGCGGGUCCUGCUAAUAAUUAUAGUAUUGGGAUUUGUCUUAUUGGAGAUUGGAGGGUUGAAGAGCCACCAGAAGCUAUGUUAGAGAGUACUAAAGCUCUAAUCGAAACUGGUGUAUUAAAUGGAAAAGUCAGCUCCACGUACAAGCUGGUGGGUCAUAAACAAGUCAUGGCAACGGAGUGUCCCGGGAACGCGUUGUUUAAUAUUAUAUCAGAGUGGCCUCAUUUUUCUAAUAAAUUUACGAGAAUAAAGAAUUAA